UUACGAGACUCAGAAAUGGCAACGAUACCAAAUCGCCAGCGUCCAGGCGGUGAAUCACAUGUGUAAUAGAUCCCGUCGUUGCCGGCCCAGGUCGGAUACCAUCCCCAUACGGUGUCGUCUCCUUUGACUGUGAAGUCUCGCCAGUUAUAUCUCUCAAAAUUCCUUUACAAAAGUCUCACCAUUUUCAGAGUGAGAGUAUCACAGAGAGAGAGAGGGAGAGAGAGGACUGUAGAAGUAAAGCAUCACUUCUUUGGCCGUCACUGUUUGCUCUUUCUGUGAUUUAUUCUGAACAGUGAUGUCAGGGAAUGCUCUCAGAGAUCUUAACACAGUACCUGCAUCUGAGGUAAAGAAUGGAAUCUGCAGUAAAGGGAGUUUCACGAAACCGUGCAGUGGAAAUGCUAACAAAAACAUUGGAGAGCGGCAGGCUAAAAACUCUAUCCCUUUGGUUUCAACUCCUUCUAAUGGAGAUGUGAAUCCUGGUGUAGAGAUAGGUAACUCGGAAGUGGAAUACAUUGAAUCAGAGAACUUGAGUGAUGUAGAAGAUGUUAGCGCCAGUCUUAAGACAAUCCUUGCAGGACUUGAGUCUAAAGAAUGGGUUAUGGUUUGUGAAGCUCUGAAUAAUGUUCGCCGAUUGUCAAUAUUUCACAAGGAAGACAUGCUUGAGAUGCUAGGAGACAUUAGCCCUUUGAUAGUGAAGUCUCUGAAGAAUCCAAGAAGUGCUGUUUGUAAGACUGCAUGUAUGACAUCUGCAGAUAUCUUUAGUGCAUACAGUGAUCACCUAAUUGAUUUACUUGAUCCUCUGCUUGUACAGCUUCUUCUCAAGUCUUCUCAAGACAAAAGAUUUGUUUGCGAGGCAGCUGAGAGAGCUUUAAUAUCCAUGACCAGUUGCGUUUCCCCUAUAUUGCUGUUACCAAAAUUGCAACCGAACCUUAAGCAUAGGAAUCCACGAAUUCGAGCAAAGACAUCAAUGUGCUUUUGUCGAAGUGUUCCACGAUUGGGAGUUGAAGGUAUUAAAGCAUAUGGCAUCGAAAAAUUGAUCCAAGCAGCUGCGUCACAGCUCAGUGACAAGCUUCCAGAGUCCAGGGAGGCUGCACGAACUCUCCUCUUGGAGCUACAAGCUGUGUAUGAGAAAUGUCAUGACCUUACUCCUACAGCUGUUUCUGAAACUCCAGGCUCUUGGGAGCAUUUUUGCCAGUCAAAACUCUCUCCUUUAAGUGCACAAGCUGUGCUUCGGGUCACCAAUGUUGCUAGAGAGGGUCUUGUUUUGAGUUCCUGACGGGAAGCUAUACAAUGUGAGUUUUAGGAUAUUUCUUUAUUCUACCACAUAUAUGAGAGAGCUUUAGCAAGAAGUAGCUUGCAUUGUUUUGGUUUAUUAUUAUUAUUUUUGUAAAUACGGUGAGACUUUGAGGUGUUUGGAACAGCAGUCAAGCAUUUAGUUGUUUUUCUCCCUGAUAUUCAUCAGCAGAUAAUAGUCGACUGCAUAGCCACCAGUUUCCUCAUUCACAUGUAUGGUGCCUGUUACUUCAUAUUUUCUUGCUCUAGUCAUUGGUCGUUACUGCA